CAUGCCCUGCCUCCUUGCUCCACUUUUAUCCUCAGCUCUCCCCUGGGUCCCAGACGGCACCAGCCUCGCUCCCUCCCCUUGCCAUUUUCUUCGCUCCUCCUGACACGGCUGCCGCAGCUUGCCUUUGCCUCCGUGUGCCAGAGCUCCCGCAGCCUCCCCUGCCUCUCUAGAGCAGGAGAGAUGCCCUCCUCGCCUUGAGGCGCUGCCGGUGUCCCCGCUCCUGUCCCCUCUCCAUCGGCCUCAGGACUGGAAGCAGGGGCGGUGAUGCGGCCGCUCCGCGGAGGAGGCCUGAGCGCGGCGUUGCCAUAGCGACUCCGCACCACGCUCCCUAGAUAAGGCGAGCGGCAGCGGCCGCGGCGGCCCCAGCCCGGAGAGGUCCCGCUGCAGUCAGCCCCGACGGCUCAUCGCGUCUAGCUUCAAAGGGGAAGAAAAUCCCAUUUCAACGAUGUCAACAGAAUGUGUUCAGCCAUUUGAUAUCCCAGAAGACAGACUGGACAAGCGAGAUUCACACUGUAACCAUUUAGAAGAUCUUUCAGAGCAGCUGAUUCAGAGCUGUGACCUCAAAAAGAAACCAAGAAAAGGGAAAACCAUCCUGGCUUCCCAAAACACUGAACAGGACCAAAAAAAGCCAAGGAGAAAAGAUACACCAGCUUUGCACACCCCACCACCUCUAACAGGCAUACUUUCAGACUUUUCUGACAGUCUGCUGAAGAGGUAUGGUAUCACAGAGAAGCCACAGCGAGAGAGAGUGAAUCCAGGCUCUCAGAUCACUGAACUGGAGCAGAAAAAGCCCAGGAGAAAAGAUACACCUGCAAUACACAUCCCACCUUUGAUCAUAGGCACUAAGCUGCUUACUGAAGAAAAGCAAACAGUGAUUAUGGAAGAUGAAGAAAAGGAUGGAGAGGCAAUCCCCAGUUAAGAUUACAGUGAUAUUUCCAGUAAUGCAGUGUAAAUAAUUCUGGGUCAUUCAAAGUGGCAGUACAUAGAAAGUGAAGAAAAAAAAAAGGUCCUUUCAUUUUUAUAGAUGAUAAUUCUCUCAAGCAUGCACUUGAAUUUAAAUUAUCUUCAAGUGCUUAUCUGCACCUCAUGGAAUCCCAGCAAGCAUCAUAGGAGAUGAUAGCAGGAAUUUCACUCAGACAUGGAAGGAUUCACUCAGUUUGCUAAAAGUGGCUUCCCAGGAUUUUUGGCACUGAGGAAUCCACCUUGGAUCAGAACAAGCUUUGUGCACAGUGAUAAGGGUUAAUACAAAGGGACACCACCAGUCAAGUGUACCUGGCACUAGAUACCAGAGCGGUUGGUAGCACAGCGCAAUAAAACAUCAGCUAGUGAUUCAGAUAUCAUUUUUCUCCUGAUAAGUUCACCUCUUUUGUCCAGCUUUCCUCUGCUGGAAUAUCACUGACCACAGUGAAAAAUCACAUAUACAAAGCUGAUGGGACAGAUGAAGAGGGAAGGAAUCAAUGCUAGAAUCCCUGAAAGGCAAAGCACACACUUCUGCCUGUAUCUGCUCAAGACUUGUGUCUGUGAGGAGAAAAGGGUAGAUUUACCAUAGAACAAAAACUCAACAGCUAUAAGGGCUGUCAGCACUGACACAUCAAACAAGACAGAGGGCAGAGCUCUCAGAAGAGAAACACGGGAUGUGCCAUGCCUGCCUGUUACACCAGUGUAGACCAUUGUGGGUUCUUUUCUUCUCAAAGGUUUUAUUCCUGGAUUAGUGGGAGAUCAACUUGUUCUCCAUGGCUUUUCACUCCAUAUUUUGUCUUUUAACAUCUGCUUUUUAACUGAGUCCUUGGUUGUCAGGAGAUGGAAGAAAAUCUCCUGACAAAAAUUACAGAUUAAUAAAUAACAGCAGGAGAGUAAAAGUUGAGUAAAAAGGGUACUGUUACUGGCACACACACACACUGCAGGGUGGAACAGCACCAUGCUUUUUUUUAAGUUUACCUCAUUGAUUCAAUCAAGAAUUGUUUUCACACCCAGCUACAGCCUUCAGCACUGGGACAAACAGAGACAGGUACUUGUAGAAUAUUACACAAAAUAGGUAGAACUGGGUAGUUUUGUGCUUACCUUAAUAGCUCUGUGUGCUAGAUGGGGCAGCACUGCUGGCUGGACCCUUAGGGACCUCAGCAGAGAGGUUAAAGAUUAUCUCUCUAGCCUGGCAGAGUGAAUUUAGUUAUCAUCUUCCUAACACCCUUAGGCAGACAGCUAAGGAGCACACUAGUUUGGACUUCAUCUGCCAUAGUGACUGACCCAGCAUCUUUCAUGAGCACGCAGUCCACUCAUAAGUAUUCAGCUUCAAGAUGUAAUCAACAAGCUUAUAAUAAAUAAUCAUGUGUUAAAGACUACAAUAGGCCAGCUAUAUUAUUGAUGGGAUGCCUGGCACCGAGGAGAGGUGUUUGGUUUUUAUCCUGUUAAUCAAUCAGUGAGAUGAGCGAUAUUUUAAUCAAUAGCUCAUGUAACAACAAUCAUGUCAGGUCCACAGUAAAGGAUGUCACAGCAAGUGUGUAACAAGAGAUAUACAUGAUUCGAGUCAAGCUUUACCAGUGAAGCUGGUGAACAUUGUCAAUGCACAGUACAGCAAGAGUGAGAACGUGGAGUCCCAGAAAGAUUCAAAUGGGCAUCAGCAGUGGAUUAGCUGAAAAAUGUAAGUGUUUAGAUAUGAAGACCCUUACCAACACAAAGCAGGAGCACAAAUAAGAUGUGACUGACUUCACUGCUCUGAAGAUUUGUUUCCAAGCCUGGGGAAUGCUGACACAGCUUAAUAUGAAACAAAAAGAGCCCUCUUUAAGCCUAGCACUACAUGUUCUUCACCAAAGAGGAGUUAUGGUCCCAGUGACAUCUCUGAUGGCACAGCAGCCUAAUUUACCAUCCCUGCAUAGAUCAGCUUGAAGCCCAGCUGUAAAAAAUGCCGCAACAUACAUCAUUUGCUGCAGUUCAUUUAAAAUCGCAUAUUCAUAGCCUGGUAAUUCAGCAUUUACUGUUUUUUCACCCAGGAACAACAUGAGCGACUAAAAAGUAAUUUUUCACUUGAUCAAUUAAGUAAAUAGGGGUUUUCUUUGCAAUGUUCCUGGGAAGUAGUGUGAAGAAUCAUUUCUCAAAGCUUUCACCUGCCUCGCUGCACUCUGUGAAAGUGUUAAAUAUUACUUUAAUUGGCAAUCAAAUAUGAUCUUUUUCCAAUCAGAUUAGCAUUGCCCCUUUCCCCAGAACAAAGCCUCUAGGUGUUGCAGAAGCGUGUGUGGACUGUACAAUGGCCUGAACAUUGUUUAUUGGGUUUAUUUAUUGCCUUUUAGGCUCUGAACUAUCCCUCUAAGACCAGAUAGUGCUGAAACUGCACAGAUUGCUCUCCUAGGCAAAUGGCUGGAGUUGGUGUGCUCUGGGGCAGAAAUGCUUUUGUACCCAGUGCCCACAAGGGUCCCCCAUUAACAUCACAGCAAAACCAGAAGGAAACAGGAAGCACAGAAACAGGAUAAGCCUUUCUAUGGCACUCUUAGGACUGAGAUGCUCCAGACGGAAGUCACUUGCAAUGCCUGCACAUAGGCACGGGCUGCUUGAAGGCCUUAGUAGCUGGAUCACAUUCAGAUAUUUAGCUGUACGUGCAUCUCCCUGCAGAAGUCUGCACUGGCCAGGACAACCAUUCCAAGUCCUCAGAGGGAAUGAAGUGCUCCAGUCAGUGGGUAAAAGACUGACUGCAAUCAGGAGGCUGUGAAUGGAUAAUAUUUUUGCAGGGAACUCUCAAUUAACCUCAACCUAGAAACUAAGGGACAGGUCUCCAUUUACAACAGACUUGGAACAAAGGGAUUUAAUGGCCCUGCACUGUCAACAAGGGAUUGCAGAAAGCCUAUCACCUAGCAGAAGAGGGUGUAUUUCUGUAGUGCUAAACAGGUGCAGAGGUUAAGUGGUUUGCCCAGCUAAACCUCAGCAAAGACUAAUCCAAAGCAACAUUCAUGAUGCUAUCACUAACUCACACUAUUCACAGCUAAAGCAGCAUUUGCAUGCAUUGAGGUUAGCAACACACUGAAAUUUUGUCUGGUUGAAAUUUUGUCUUACGAGUUAAUAAAUGGAUAAUUGUAGAAUGCUUCAACCACUUAAAUUAAAUAGAUGUGGCUGGUUAUUAUAACCAAUUAUCUUCCU